ACAGCCAUCAACAACUGGAGAUGUUUUAGGUUAUAUGUACGAGUUUGACUGUAAACCUGAUGCGGGGGACUCAGGAACAAAUGGGUGGCUAACGGUAGCAUUUCAGCAUCACUUAGGGUAUGUAGACAAGGAUGCACAGCUACAAAUACAAGCAUGCCCUGGCAGUAUAUCUGGAGAAGAUAAACGUACAGUGUUCAAUCAUUUCUACUUUUACCAUUUAUAUUUAUAUUUACCACAUAAUUAUACUAGCAGAUACACAGUCAGAAUUACAUUUUUCUAUAGGAUGUGUUCUGGCUUCAACGAUGUGCCGUUAUUUCUUUCAAAUUUUCCAUAAUGCAUGCUCUGUGUUUCUAUUAUUUAUAGUAAGACAAGCACUAUUUGAAAUCUACAUAUAUGGCGUUACAUCACACAAUAGUCGAUGGAAGUCAUUGAUAAAAAUGAAAAACUUCAAAUCGAAGCAUGGUAUUUUCAGUUCCUCCCCAACCAACAAUGACAACACAGACUUCUGCAAUUUCUUCUACAUCUGACACAGUGGUUAUAUCAAAAGCGCAGAAGGUAACAACAGAACGUUUAACAAAUCAAAUCAAAUUUCAACAAAGCAACGAAUUCAAUUACUUCUGCAAUUACCGUACCUACGAUCAUUAUAUCCACCAUAGGUACGACAUCAACAACAGUCUUUGACCCAUAUUUAGGUACAACACAAAUCCAAAAUACCACUAAGGAGACACGAGUAACAGCCCUGUCAACACAGACAGCUCUUCCCACAAUAACAGUAAAAAUGAAAUGAACCACCCAUGAGCCUGCUCACAAUCUUACCAUACAACUACCAAUUACAACAACAGGAGCAACUACCCCGGCAACUAAACAAACAACUACAACCACACUUACUAGUCCUGCAUCAAACACAUCACAAAAUGUGAACACUGUACAGGCAACAGUUACUGUAUCAAGGGUUACGCCUAUCCAAAGCUAGAUGGCCGUUUGAAACUUUUCUAUAUUUCAAGGCAUUUUUUCUGUUAAUUCUUACGUAUUUAUUACUGGCAAUGGUGCUGUACGUGAUCCGUAAAAAAACCUUUUCAGUUUAUAAUCAAUGUUGUUAUUCAAUAUACACUGGAAUAUUUUUAAUCUUUGGGCAUGUUUGUUUCUUUUGUUUCUGGUUUUAGCCAUAUCGACUAAUAUUCGUGAGAAUAUGAAUUUGCAGAUUGCAGUAUUUAAAGACUAAAUAAGAGGUAAUGUUACGCAUUUCGUAUAUUGACGCAACCAGGAAACCCACGAAAAGUAGCUAUAGUCUUAUGAAAGUAUUUAUGACUUCACACUACAUCCGUUAUAUGCGUUGUUUAUACGACUUCUUUAUAUACCAGGAGGGAAGUAACGUUGAAAACCUGGAACCAGGCACAUUUCUUAUAUUUAACAGUUUUGUUUUCAGGCCAUACAGAAUUAUGACCUAUAAGAAUUCAAUUAGAAGCGAAGGGAAAUGGCGCAAUUUAGAAAGAAAUGUUAUGAAGUUGUUUAAAAGAGGAUUUCAUGGUCUCAUGCCGAAACUGUUUGUCAAAGUAACACUUAGUGAAUAUUCACAGUCAACAAGAACAGGACUUUAUCCUCAAUUUUCUCAAAAGCAUUCGCAGUCAUGCUGUCAUACUUCAUGACAGAAAUAGGGAAGAAAAGCCCGAAUAGACAUCGGGUAUAUUUACACAUGUUUGACAUGUACCUAUGAUCUUUGUGCUCCGUUUUCAAACAUGCAAUUUCUGCUAGUUUUGUUUGUUUUGUAUAUUGUUGUUGUAUUUUUUUUGUUUAACGCCGUUUUCCAACAGUAUUUUACUUAUACAAAGGCGGGCAGUUAACCUAACCAGUGUAUCUGGAUUCUGUAUGAGGACAAAUCUGCUCGCCGCAAGUAACUAGAAAAAAAAUAAAUUCCCCACAUAAAUCAGAGGAAGAGGUCGCGUGAUGUCAGACACAAUGUCUUUUAUCAAAUCUUCACGGAGAACAUACGCAUCGCCCGGAGAUCGAUAAUACGACCACGUGAUCCGUAGAUCUGAACUCUCCCUUCUGAGCUAUGUAGGUGAGCGAUUUCAGCUAGAGACAAGCAUUAAUUUUAAAGUUGAUACGUUAAGGUAUGAUCGACCUGGUUAUGGCACGCAAGUAAGGACAAAACAAACUUAAUAAAAUUUUAAGCAAACAUCAUUUUUCAAAAUCUUAAUACCAUACUUCCACAAAUAACUUCAAUAUGUGAUUAUACUGCUCGUAUCAAUCAGAAAAUAUAAUGCAAUUUAACACAUGUGGCCAUGUACAACCAUGUUUUGAAUUAGAUGUUCUAUUUCUUCAAAUUUUAAACCGACAAUGCUAUAUUUACAGGUCAAAAAGUCACAUAUAUCAACUGGAAAUCUGGUCGAAAAAACACGUACCACUGGAGAAACAAGACUGUGUCUAUAUGUCUGGAGAUGGUGCAUGGAACGACAUAAAUUGUGGAAGUGAUAAUAUAUUAACUGAGCAACAAGUUGGCCAUCCAUGCUUAUAUAUGCCAGUACAGGCAGUUAAAUUUGUGUUCGAUGCGUAUUCAUCAGCACGCAGCAAAAGACAAAGCAAUACUCAGUCAAUAUGGGCAUAGCUGCUAUGAGCUUAUUCCCAAUGUUACCGUUGCCUGGCAACACACAUAGGAUAUAUGUAAAAGCAGAGGGGAACAUCUGGCAGUCAUCGGAAAUGAGGAAGAAUAGGCAUUUAUUCAGGGUUUUAUGCAGCAGUACUAGUAUUUAUCACAUAGUUCUGUUUGCAUCGGGCUCACUGAUUGGAGAUCAGAAGGUCAUUUUUACUGGACUUCAGGGGAAAAAACUCAGUUUACAAACUGGAAACCAAAUCAUGUAAAUGGUAACCAUGCUGACUGUGUUAUUUUUAUGCCAUACAACAAAGGACAGUGGACUACUGCUCCCUGUGGUACUACACAUCACUAUACUUCAGGAACAACCGAUGUUGGUGAAACACAUCCAUUACUUUGUCAAUAUAGUGAGUUUCAAUGUUCCAUCUCGGCUAUCAAGAAUGUUAAUAUAAUUGUGAGCAUUUUCAGUUUCAUUCUUAAAACCUUUACUUGAGAUAAGUUAUUUGCAAACGACCAGUUUUCUAGAUCUAUCAAGAUAAUGUAUAAAAAUACUUUACUAUAGUUUCAAUCUAUUUGUUUCAGCUUGAAUACACUUCUACUAGAAAUAUUUAAAGGAAAGACAAAAUCUAUUACUACCCUGCACUUUUUCUCAUUUCUGAUUCCAGUGGAGAAGUAUAAUUGCCCAUUGAACAAGUAAAAGACGGCUCAUAUGUUGUAGAAAGUUUAUCAUUUUGUAAUAUAUUUCAGUUUUACUGUAAAGCCUUGACAUGCAGUUUAAACUGUGGAAACCUUUAGAUGCUGGCGGUUGCGACCAGUGCAGAUUAAGAUCAGCCUGCACGAUCAUGGUCUGCACUAAUCUCUAUUUAGUCAGCAUAUUUUUAAUGAAACCCCCUUUGAUUAAUAAGUGGUGCUGCCUAAAUUCAAUGAUGGACCAGUCCAUUUUUAAAAAUGUUAACAAUCGUAUGUAGCAAUAAUUGCAAUUUACAGUAUUUAAAUAUAAGGUAAGUUACCAUUCAUUUAAAUAUAAAGCAUAUUAUAUAAUAUCAAUAUCUGAAGAAUUCUUUUUAUUUUACAGACACACUCAGUGGAGCGCCAGUCGUUGGCUAAACAAUAUAGUGCGUUGAAUAAGAUGUUCUGAAUCAAUAAAUAUUACUCUUCAGUACAAUUUGUCUUUAGUAUGUGACUCCAUAACUUCUUCGUUGCACGUACAUGUAUAUCAUGUUUUAUGUUUUCCACGUUAUAUGAAAUGGUAAAACAGCUGUUUUCAAGAAAUUUAUCGACGGUUAAUCUGAUGAAUGUUAUCAUAUUUUAAUCAUUUAAGCAUCAACUACAUUUUGUCUUUGGUUGUUGUGCUGGAAAUAAGUGUUCAGACAUAACAUCAUAUAUUCAGCUUCCCUUAUAAUAGAAUUACGUUUCAUAAAAAAACGUCUUGUUUUCGGGAUUGGGUCCAUCGUGCUCUCGCCAUUACUAACGCAGUAUAAAUAUGAUAUCAUUAAUUUCAAACUUCCCCUUAUUAGGCAACAGUUUUGAGCAGCACUUUCGAAGUGCCAUUUCUUUGUCGUCUAAAAGUAAUUUUCUUGUAAAGACGAUAAUAUUUUUUAUACACAAAGAAAGGGCAUGGGACUGACUUGUGUAAGAUUACUAUUAAUUUGUAUACAUGUUUACUUUUCUCUUAUAAUACCUCGUUUCAAGUUACAUUGAUUUUGCACUGUCUAUCCUUUAAACUUUAAAAAGUGUCUUCUUGGUAUUUUUUGUAAUAUCUUAUUUUUCAUAAUGUAUAGCAUGAUUAUAAAUAACAAGAAAGAACAAAAAAAACAUAUACUGACAAAAAACAAUCAAGAGGAAAAAGGUCUAAAAUUUAUUUUUAUCAUAUAGUUAUAAACCAGAGACUAUUUAUAUUUAUCAUAUAAUUAUAAACCAAUGACUAUUGUAUUCAUAAUUGAUUCGAUUGACCUUUUCAUUCCCUUGCAGUCUUAUCUAUAAGUGUAUUGUAUAUACAUUCAAGUCAGAUGAACGAAAUAUAUCUGUCAAUCUGAAAGGAUAUUGUACAUGUAUAUGGUAAUAGGUAAGAAAGUUUAAAAUUUGAAACAUAUAUGAAAACACAUGGUUUUGAUCGGAAGGUUUUGUGUAUUGUCAAAUUCGAUAAAUUAUUCACUGUCAAAAAAUUUAUAAUUCCAUUAAAACUUUCCAUAUUAUGCUAAUAAUUUCCAUUUAAGAAUAUUAAGAAAAUGAAGAUAAAGGCAAUAAGCUAAAUAUCGUAGUCAUAUUUGGUAGAUUUAUAAAGCGACAUAUUUUAGCGUUUAUUUUCUCUCACUAAAGUCCUUACAGUGUUGUACAAACUUGUUGUUACAAUGUGGUACAGACUUAAUAGCAUAAAAGUUUUGCAUGGUAACCUAAUAAAAUGCUAAAAGCAUUGUGUUGAAGGGAGUAAACCAGUGCAAUACUUUGAAAUAAUGGAGAAAAUCAACAUUCUUUUUGGUUGUUUACUCAAAAUCUUUGUGGAAAUAUACAUGUUGAAAAAAUUGACCCCAACUACGAAAGAAUAGUUUAAGGAAAUUAAAAGAAAAACGGUUGAAGCUUUGUAUUAACAUUAUGGGGUAUACAUGAUCUUGGGGGGAGCUUUGGAUUACUAGUGAUUUGUAAUUUCCAUGUCAGAUCCGCAAUUAUAUUAACACUUAGCCUGCUAAAUUUCUAAAAUUAAGGUUAAAACAUUGUUUACAUUUAAAAUGUAUUGAUAUGAAUAGAACUAAAAUUACCAUCCGUAAAUACGUGUACGCACCAUUAGCAAGAAUUAUUUGCACAUUCUUCAAAUUGAAUUGAUUUUGAUUAAAAUGCUAAAUAAAUAUUGGAGUGUCUUGACUCAAUGAUUUCAAAUUAUUUUCAUUCAAAAUGGUGAAGAUAUAUUACGUUGUUGCGCUGUUAUUGUGAGAAUUCUUGCAUUGACGGGUUAACACAUUCUUUUUCGAAUAAUGUCAAAACACUUCAUGUGCACCGCACUCUAAAUAUUUUGAUAACUUUACAGUAUAAGUUAAUUUUAAAACCUUUGAAGGGAUUUGAAUUGAUAAAAAAACAGAUAUGUGGAAAACGUAUAAAAAUGAGUCCAUGGUUAUGACACUUUUUCAUCGAGGUGAUUACAAGUUAUUUCGUAGAAAGUUGAAUCCAUUCGGCUGUCAAAUAAAUCCAAAAAUCAGAUUUAUACAUAUUCAUAUAUAUGCAAUAUGCCUCAGCUUAUAUUUCGUGAAAAACUCUUUAAGAGACUGGAUAUGUAAAUUUAGUUAACUAGUAAUUUUGACGACUUCAAAAUUCUCUCACCCAUUUAAUUACAAAAAAAAAAGAUUAAAUAAUUGCUUGUAAACUGAAACUUUCCUAUUUAGAAUCAUUUCAGGUACGAUGCAUUGGUUUGCAGUAGCCAUUUUCAUUUCGAUCGUGAUAUCUGUUCGCUCAUAUUACAAAUGUGUGUGUAGUUACAGCUUUGGAACAAAUGUAUAUUCUAAGCCUACAGUUCAAAGUGACAUUUUAGGCUACCUGUUAGAGUGUAAACCAGAAGUGGAACAAUCCAAUGACCAAUGGCUUACAGAAGCGUUUUGGCAUCAGUUGAUCCAAUGACAACUACGACAACUGUGGAACCGACAACAACUAUAACUCAAGAAUUUACAACAAUAACCGAGGUGCCAACUACGACAUCAGAGAAAAAAAAUGUACAUCUAUGCGGCAAUCAUUUGAUCAACCAAGCAUCAAGUGAGGCAGGGACACUAGCACGGUAUGGCCAUAGCUGUUAUGAAGUCUUUCCCAAUGCAGAAAAGACUUGGAGUGAAGCAGAAAGUUUUUGUCACAGCCACGGAGGACAUUUAGCACAUAUUAGUAGUUCACAAGAGCAAAGUUUCAUCCAAGGAUUUCUGCAAAGGUACUCACCACGUCACGUUGUUUGGAUUGGUCUCAGUGAUAAGCAUUCUGAAGGAUAUUUCCAAUGGACAUCAGGGAACGCAGUUCACUACACAAACUGGGUACCAGGCCACAUUAGCAAUUUUGUUCAUCACAGUCAAGAGGACUGUGUUGUUUUCAUCCCUUACAAGAACGGACAAUGGGAUGAUAUUCCGUGCGGACCUACAGACUCUACAAAUCACCACGUCUACGUCGUUGGAGAGCUCCAUCCAGUUUUGUGUCAAUACAGUAUAUCGACAAGUCCGUCUUUUGUGGGAUAGAUGCCGCAAGUAGUGGCAUUUAUAUGCAGAAUAUUUGUUAACUUCCAAAAUAAAGAAAUACACG